AUAGCGAUUGACAGAGAAGAAUGUGAAGAAUGAUAAAGUUGAGUGUUUUAAGCGCUGCCGUGUUCGGGCAGCUCUUGUUCUUGAACUCUGAAAUGGCAGUUGGCCGUUAGCAAACGUAAGAUGAGAAACUCACGAAUCUUCUUUCGUGUUCAGCUGCGAAACCAAUUGCCAAGGAGAUUGGCUGCGAAUUUUAAGUAAACAAUGAUAACUUACGACCUAUGGCUUUGAGGGAGUCCUUUGAUCUGAUUUAUUUGUGGAAGACAUGCAUUGGAAGAUCGGCUCUGGAAAGGUUGUUUGGACCUUAGGUGUGCAAUAUAGUUAUUGGUAUGGUCCAUUCAACGCGGCCCAUGAUUUGAGCACCCACCUUGAGUCUAAAUCCUUUUGCUUUAUUUGUUGUUCUUCCACUAUACUUCUUCCAGAUGAUAAACAUCUUGAGAUGGAAAAAGAAUCCAUCCAGCAGUGCACUGUUCUCAUAGGAUUAGCUAUGGUCUUUGACAUAAUCUUGCAAGCAGACACUUGAUUGAAAAGCAGCCCAAACUAGUGAAAACUUCAUUCCCUAACAGAAGACUGAGUAAGGAAACGAAGUUCCCAGCUUGAAUUGACAGAAUCAUACCAUUUGUUUGAACUUGGAAUUACAUAAUAUGGGCGUCCCACUUGUGCUUUUCACUACUAUUAGCAUGUAACUGAUUGAAUUGAAUUGCUGUGGGUAUCGAGAAUUAGGCAAAGAAACUUGCUGGUUGUGGAAAUCUUAGCUGCUUUAAUGGACCACCCAUCUUUAUUAUCUGCCUCUCAUUUAUUCAAAAGUACCCCAGAGAGGGGGUUUUCCAUUUCAGAGGAGUCUGGUUUGGGGAGCAGUACACAGCCUAAAUGUGUUUAUGUAUUCCAAAGUGAAUAUGCAACUGUUGACCCUGCUUUUGUGGAUGUUGCCGGGACUGAUGAAGCAACUACAUGCGUGGGGCUUGUCAUUCGGAAUCGGUCAAAUGGGAAGAUUUCGAUUGCCCAUUUGGAUUCUCCAGCUGUUGUGGAAAUGGGUCUUGCUCAGAUGUUGUCACAAACUUCUGAUCCCAACUUGCAGGAUGAGAUGGAUGUUCAUCUUAUUGGCGGUUUUGAGGAUGCUUCUCUUAAAAGAACCAACCGUAGUGAUGCAGAAAUCCAUGGAAAAAUGGAUGGUUAUUCCCUACCACUGUGUAUCAAAUUGAUCGAAACAUUGUGGAGGAGACGGGAAAAAUUUCAUAUCCAGACAUUCUUUGUGCUAGGCCACAAUACCAGAAGGGAUGCUGAUGGACAUGCUUACCCUAUUAUUACUGGAUUCCUGGUAGAGACAUCCAAUGGGUCUGUAUUGCCAGCCUGUUUCGAUAGAACUUCCAGAUGUCCUGAUGAAGUGGUCCGGCGAAUUCGUAUAACUGCACACAGUGAUGACCCCACUUGGACAGGCGGGUUGCUGGAAACCUAUCAUACUCAAGACGAUAAAUUUAUAAUUGCACCUUGCUAUUGGUCUCGCCGUCAGUUGCACAUUGCUUCGACACUGCAGCACCUUUCUGACUCCCAAUUACUUCUCAAUUGUUCGACUUCACCUCAUGCUGAAGGACCAGAUUUUGUUGAUAAUUUAAGGAGGCAGUUCGAUUACAUAAUCAAACACCCACACUGGAGCGAGACUUUCCCGAAGAGGCAACCGCGCGUAUUCGAGAGGAAUGGUCAAGGAGGUUGGAGAAGAUGCCGUGAUUGACAUGAAGUUCCCUGGACAAUCGUGAACGAGAGAGCCCACCUAUU